CGUUCAUUUACACUGGAUUCCACGCGAUACAAAUGCAAAUUCAUGUGAUAAGCUUACUGAAUAUGCUAGUUCAAUUUAUUCAGAGGUUGAAUUUCUUAAUUAUGCGGAUGUAAAAGCAUGCUAUGAAUCAACACCGUAUAAUAAAACAAAGGCCACUCAGGUAAUAGAAGUAGUGAAAGAAAAUCUUAAAGGAUUCUAUGCAUUGCUAGAUCAAGCAAAAGAAGAACCAAAGCCUGGAUUUACAAUUAGACCUAUUGAUUUAAUAUCUGAAUUGGACUUGAUUUUAAAAAACAAUUAUUCAUAUGAAUUUCAAUUCAUUCAAAUUAAAGUUUUUGAUGACAUAAAAGAUUCUAGCACUAUCGAUUGCCAAGUUACGCAUAUAGAUGACAAACCAGCAAUUGAUGUAAUUACUGAAUUUGCUAGGAAUAAAACAUAUUUAUCAAGAGAUUUGAGUGCUCGAUUUAAUUCAGCCCUCGCAUCACUUGCUUUUGGAAACGGAGAUUUUCAACUGGCGCGUUCAGGACAAUUAUUUUCGACUCGGAACCAAUUACCAAAAAGUCCGAGUAUUUCUUAUACGCUCAGUUGUAAUGAUAAAAUUUCUAAAAUCACUCGAGAAUGGCAAGUUCCUAUUAAACAUAAAUUUAAAUCAUUUAUGCAAUAUAAAUCUCCAUACAUUACUGGAUCCUCAGUCGGAAAAGCAACUUUGAUUUUUGAUGCAUUCAUUGCUAGAUUUUAUAUAUUAGAAGAUUUUGGUGUGGUCGUAAUUUCAACUGAAUCCAUUUUAAAUGAUGAUAAUGACCUUGAAUAUCAUUUUCUGUCUAAUAUAGUUACUGGAUUUAAAUUGCUUGCAGACAAGGGAAUAAAGAAGAUUAUUUUAGAUUUAAGCAACAAUAAUGGUGGCGAUGUCUUCGUUGCACACUAUAUAAAUAAACUCUUAUUUCCUAACAUACAAAAUUUUCCAGUAGCUUUAAAGGUUAAUGAUAAUUCUAUCCCAUUUAUAAAUGAAUUUUCAAAGCUUAAGCUUGAAAAUUUAAUAGAUUUAAAUGCAAAUAGAAUGAAUGGAGUUUUAUUUCAUUAUAAGUCAUAUAUUUCUGUAAAGACAAAUUCUGCAUUUAAUAAUGUUACGGAUUUUAUUGGAAAUAAUAUAUAUACUCGUGGUGGUGUCCAAGUUAAAUACACUACGAAAGCAUUUUACGAUGAUACAACACUUUACGUUGGUUCAUUAAAACCACCAACACCUCCAAAAUUUCCUUGGACUGAGAAAGAUAUUAUAAUUUUAACAAAUGGAAUAUGUCAUUCAUCAUGUGCAAUUAUAACUCAAAGAUUAGCAGAAAUUAAUGUUCCCACAAUAUCUGUCGGUGGAUUUCCGAAUACUCCAUUUUCUUUUGCUCAAUAUGCUGUUGGAGCGGCAACAAAUACUCUUAGUAUGAAUUAUAUGCUUGCAAAUGUUAAGAAUAUUGACCCUUCUUUAAUUUCUAAAUUGACUUUUCCUACAAAUUUAAUUAUGAGUUUUACUAUACUUGAAGCCUACAGUAUCAAUAAUCCGAAUGAAGUUAUGGACUAUACUGUUAGACGCGCAAAUUAUCAAUUAUAUUAUGAUGAACGGAGUGCUAGGGAUCCGAGCUCUUUAUGGAUGCAGGCUGCAAAUAUAUUGAAGA